GAUGUGCUGUAAAUCAGUAGGAACUGAUCUGUCCAUGCUGGAUAUUGAUGAUUUCAUCACAGAAAUCUCUCAGCUGAAGAAAGAGGUGGCGUUACUGGAGGCAAAGCUGAGGUCAAGAGGAGAUGAAGGAGUGAAGAGAGAGGAUGUGGAUGUGGAUUGUUGUGAAUCUUCAGUGUAUGUGACUGAUGGAUGUCUGGAUUCAGUGUGGAUGAGCAGAGAUCAGAGCCGCACACCACAGCCACUGCUGGACUCUAAACUCUCUGAAGAGAAAUCCAGACACACACAGGACUCAGAGCUCAGUCUCACUUUACUCUGUUAUACUGAGUCAAAGCCCACAGACGCUCAGGACACUGUGUGUGACAGUAAUCAGGGCUUACAGGAUGAGGAAUCUACUGAUCAAACCUCCACAGAGUCUCUGGAUUCUGUCUGUAACGCUGGAGAACAGCAGCAGAUCCUGCAGACCACACUGAAGAUGUGUUCAGUCAAACUGAUCGACUGCACGAACCUGAUGAUGAAGAUUAAAACAGAACCCACAGAAGAGGAUCACACUGAUGAAGAUGAGAAUUAUGAUGAUUUAAUUCCUUCAGAUGUGAAGAGUGAAUCAUGUUGUGAUGGAGAAAUGUCCUCAACAUCAGAAGAUCGACUGGCAGCACAAACUCUUUCCUGCAUCACCUGUGGAAAGACAUUCAGCUCACAGAGACAUUUAGAGAGACAUGAGAGAAAACACACAGAACAGAAACUCAGCUUUACUACCUUACAAGAGAAGAAACUUCAUCAUUCAAAAGAGCACGAAGAGAAGAAGAAGCAGCAGUUUCACUGUGAGGAGUGUGGGAAGGAUUUUGUCUUAUCUCAUCUAAAGGAUCACAUGAGGACACACAGUGGUGAAAACGCUUAG